AAUAAAAUUAUUCAUUACUUCUCUGUAGUUUAUGUUGGUGUUCAAACAAAUUCGUUAUUUCAAUCUUCAGUGUGAUUAAUAAGUAUAAAAGUGCAUAUAAACUAGUUUAUUUAGUUAUAUUUGAAUCGACAGUAUGGGUUCUAAGAAAAACAAAAAGGUAAAAGAGGAAGAAACUGAAGAACCCGUGGAAAUUAUAAAUUUAGAAAAGCCCUCCAAAAGUCAUAAAAGAAAAAGGCAACCUGAGAGUGAAGUUACAGAUAUUCAAGAUGAAGUUACUGUUGAAACUCAUAUCAAACCUAAGAAAAAGAAAAAAAAGAAUAAGUCAGCAGGUCCAGAAAUAUCAAUAUCAGAGUCUGUUUCUCAAGAUAUCGUGAAAAAUGGUAUAGUGAAAAAUGAACAAUUGAAGGAAGAAGCCAUGGAAAUUAAUGUUGCAGACCUCAAAAUAGAAACACUAGACUUUCCACCUGAGGUAGAUGAUCAGCCUCUGCAGAAAGAGGUUAAAAUGCCGCAAAAUGAUGUUCUAGAAUUGAUACGAAGAAUCGAAAUUCUUCUACCAGAUAAUGAUUGCCUUUCUUAUAAAUGUAGAACUGAUAAAAUACAAUGGGAUGAGAUUGCAUUCAGUCAUUACUCUGCUAAAGAGUGUAAAGAGACCUGGUUUGAUCUUCAAAAGAGUAUUAGAAGGUACCGAAUAUUGAAAGAAGUACUGGAUGAUGCGAAAUCAUUUGUCAUGAAUCCACCAAAAAGUAAAAAGAAAGUUUAUCCUGGAAUGCCAUCAAAACCUCCCACAAGCUAUCAACUAUUUUAUAAGAAGAAAAAACCUUCAUUACUUUCUGAAAAACCUGGUUUAGAUAUUGCUGAAAUUUCUAAGCAAAUAUCUCAAAUGUUCAAAAAUUUAUCACCAGAAAAAAAAAUGAAAUAUGAGAGACAAGCUACUCAGUUGAAGGCUAAAUAUGAGGCAGAACUUCAACUCUUCUAUGAGAAUCAUCCAGACCUUGCGGAGAGCAUUAAGAAAGAUAAAUUAUCUGAAUAUAAGCCUGCCAAACCAAGCAAUCCAUUCAUGAUUUAUUUCAAAAAUCAAUGUAGAAAAAACGGAAAUACUAGUAAAAAUGAUGUGAAUUCUGAUAAUAUGUUCAAAGAACAAUGUAAACAACAAUGGAAGCAGCUUUCCAUGAAAAAAAAAAUGUUGUGGAUCACAAAAGCUGAACAAGAUGUUGCUAGAUAUGAAGAAGAAAUGAAAGAAUAUAUAUUAAAACAUCCAAAUUAUAACCAUAUACCUAUUAAAAAUAUAUUAAACAAAGAGGAAAUUGCUUUAAAGGAAAGAUAUUCAGGUAAACCAGAUAAGCCACCAACAUCUGCAUACUCUUUAUUUUCGAAGAAUUUACUUCAAAGUGAUGUAAUUAAAAAAAUUAAUUAUAAAGAUAGAAUGAAUCACAUAGCCACUCAAUGGAAAAAUUGUACGGAAGAGGAAAAAAACAAGUACAAAGCAAGGGUUGAUGAAUUGAUGGAACAGUAUAAAAAAGAUUAUGAAAAAUAUUUGGAGUCACUACCUGAAGAUAAAAAACAACUUGAAAUUCAGAAAAAUGCACCUAAGAAGAAGUCCAAACCGGAGAAUGCAGAUAAAAAAAAGAAAGCAAAAGGAAAAACAGAAAAAGUUCCAGAACCUGCUACUCCACCCAUAUCAGCAUUCAGCUAUUUUGCAAGUAGUAAAAAUAUUGAUGACCGUAAAGUCGCUAAGAAGGAAUGGAAGAAAUUAUCAGAUGAAGAAAAAAAAAUAUAUGAAAAGAAAUUAGUUGAAAUCAAGCGGGAGUAUAUCCUUCAGUUUGAGAAAUUCUUGAACAGCCUGUCAAAAGAAGAACUUGAAGAAUUUUCCAAAACAAAACAAGAGCUGAAAUUCAGUGAGGAUUUUGUAGAUGAUGAUGACACUACUUCUUCUAGUUCUGACGAUGAAGAUGAUUCUGAUGAAUGAAGAGCUGUAGCUAUUUAUAUUCUGUGUAUUUUCUCAUUUAGAAAUGAAGGGAGAAACAAUUUUAUAGUUUGUAUAUAACUCAUAUUGCUGAAAAAAUGAUUCCUUAACCUAUUACACCAUAUCUUCAAGGAAAAACAUUGAAAUUUCAAAAAUUAUUUUAAUUUAACUUUCACAAUAACAGAGAAAGAACUGUCUUGUAUUAGAUGAAAUUAAUUAAAUAUGUCACUAGAGAAAUUAAUUCAUUUCAAUUCCAUGAAUAUAAUAUAUUCAAUAAAUUCAGACUUAAUUUGAAAUUUCUCUUAAUACAAAAAAUAAAUUAAACUGAAAAUUCUAUGUCAUCUGUUUUUAUAUUAGAGAAUGGGAACAUCAGAUUGAUCUCAUAAGAUACAAUGAUGACUUGAAUAUUAUGUGAAUAUAUUUUUAUGGUAUGUUCCUUUAUUGGGGUUUGGGUUCCAGGUUUGAAACGUUGACUAAAUGAGAGAAUUAUCAGAAACAAACCACCAUCAUAGUUCUCUUGUUGAAAUAAUGAAUAUAAUUUCAAUCAACAUAUAUUCUGAAAAUGGAAAAAACAACUGUUUGUUGUUAUAAUUUUCCAAGUUUAGUUUAUUAGACGUUAAGUUUCUGAAUCAUACCUACUGUUCAAAAAUAUUGUAAUUUUAUGUACUUUUUCUAAUUUAAGUUUUAUUUUUCGAAUGAGUGUCACUCGAGUCUAUGUAUUUUUUUUUAUUUUAUGUUUGGCUUUAUAGUAUGAAUAUUAUCUACCCAAGAGAAACUUUGUUAUACAAUUGAAAUCCAAGUCAAGUUCGAGAUUCUGUUAUUUUUGGUUAAUAAUUCACUAAAAUUGUCUUUGUUUAUAUUCUUCUUUUAAAUUAAAUCCUCAAUCAAUCCACCAUUAAAAUAACUGUAAAUUGAAUGUGAAAAUUAUCAAUCCUUGUAUAUAUGAUGCACAUUGAUCUAAUGUAAUUUAGAUGUUAGAAUGAAUAUUAUUUAAAGAAUAAUUUCACUACAAACAUUAUUUUUACUGUUUCAGUCUCAUAUAUCAAUAGGAAUUAAUUUUAUAACUUGUCAAAUAUUAGAAAUUUGCCAUAUGAAAAAAAGCAUAAAUGAGAUCCAAUUUAAUGAAAAUUGAAUUUACCUAUUUUAAGUUUCAUAUUGUUAUAAUUGCUGACACUCCAAAAAAACUUUUUCCUAAUUAUUUUGAAUUAAUAUGUUUUGAAACUGAAAUAUUUUUUAUGUAGUUCUUUUUUUAAGCAGUUGUGCUAUGUUCUUAUUUAUCAUCAUUGUGGAGUGUACAUUAAAAUUAGUUUGUUAUAAA